AUGGGUGAAGCCCCAAGCAACUACGUGUCUGGCAAGUUCUAUGCGGUACACCUGGGAGAUGUCCUCGGUGGUCGCUACGUUGUCUUUCGAAAGCUGGGCACGGGAUCACAGUCCACCAUUUGGCUAGCGAGGGACAAGCAUGCAUCAGAUCAACGCUUCGUAGCGAUCAAAGUCUUCGGCGCGAGAACAAGUGAGACCGAACUCAAGCUCGCCGAGCUCUUGCGGCCCUGCGACCGAACUGGAAAGAAACACGUAGAAAUGGCACUUGACUCAUUCGUGGUUCACGGCCCAAAUGGGGAUCAUUUCUGCAAGGUGCUUGAGCCGUUAGGCCCCUCGCUGGCUUCCGUCCUCGAGAUUGCUUUUGAAAGGCGCGCGAGACUCAACGAGCCGGAAUCCUGGCUGGGCAAGGCUUCGGAGGGCGACCUGUGGUCAGCCAGCUUCGCCAAAAGAGCCUGCUGGCAGAUCCUGCUAGGUCUUGAUUACCUGCACAGCCAACACGUCGCACACCGAGACAUUCAGCCAGCAAACGUCUGUGUAGCUUUGCGGUACAGCCUCAACUCGCUCAGCGAAAACGAGAUUCAGAAAGCUGUCUGGCCGGCUGACGUAGACUCGGCAGCGGAUAACAAGGCCACCCAAGAUAACGAGGACCAGUCGGACCAAGAUUCGGAUGAUGACUCGGAUUCUGAUGAUACUUCAGAGGGAGGGGAGGAAGACUGGCGGAGAAAAUUUGAAGAACACAAGAGAGCCGACGAGGAGCAAUGGAAAGCGACCGAGGUGGGCGACCCGCUCGCCGAGCCCCACUCUGCUGAGUGGGACAAGGCAAACUUCUUCAACACACGGCAUAAUAUCGAACUCUUACACCGGAGUGACGGCAGGCCUCUGGGGCCAGGUGAAAUGCACUAUACGGUAGCUGCAACGCCUCUCGAAGACGCAUCAGAUGUCGAACAAGCCACGCGGGCGGACGAGCCAUUCAGGCUCGUCCUGGUUGAUCUCGGCUUCGCCUGUGCCUUUUCAGAAUGCGAGAAACUGCCGCUGCGCAACCUGUCAGACUUUCGACCACCGGAGACCUUGAUCGGUGUGCCAGCAACACACGCGGCCGACAUCUUUUCCCUGGGCCUGCUGUUCUGGGAGGUCGUCAUGCUCCGCCGACUCGUCGAGACGCGGUUUGCCGCGGACGACCCGGAGCGCAUUUACCAAAAGAACCGGCUCAUGCGUGACCUGGCCCAGCGCCUCGGUCCGGUCACGGCCUCUGUACGGGCCCGGUGGCGCGAUGCGGCGGAGUUCGUGGACACGGAGGGCAACGCGUUGGACAUACAGGAACAUGACCAACAGGUGUACGAGCCGGAUGACUUCGAGUACGGCGAUAUUUGGCACCACGCCAAGAUUCGGAAACCUUGGGACAUGUCGGACCGUGAGAUGGAAGUCUUUGUGGGGCUGAUCCAGGCGAUGCUGCAAUGGGAUCCUGAGUCACGGCCGUCAACGAGAGACUUGCUCCAGCACGAGUGGUUCAAGGACUUGUAUUGA